AGAGUCCCCUCCCCCCCCCCUCCCCUCUUCCCCCCGCUCUCGUCCGCGUCGCCAGACAGUAGUCCCCCGCCCGCCUCGCCGUGCUCCUUCGACGGCCGCGUCGCAGCGAGUGUCGAGUGCAGCGAGUGAGGAUGCCGCGCACGGGAGGAGACAAGAGGCUUCAGAGCCUCAAGAAUUCCCUGAAGAAAGUCGCGUCCAUGCCGAUCAUCGCGAGGCAUCACACGCAACAGGAAAGUCAUGAAGCUUCUGCACAUCUCUUGGAAGCUCCUGGGUUAGCCACCUUUGAAGCAAUUGGUGCUAGCCCAAGGGUAGAACACAGAAGGCCCAAGAUGGGUGCUUCUUUGAGUGCACCAGAUGGAGGUCACCAGGAGCAGUCAUCAGGUCUUGGCCAUUCCUUAGGGGGAUUCCUUCAUGUUGCUCUCCAUAAGAGUGGUUCUUCAAAAAAUCUCAAGGACAAACUUGAAGGGGAGAAUGGGUCAAAGGCUGAGGUUGAGAAGCAUACCAAGAAGCACCCACCUUCAAAACCUUUUAAUUUCCAUUCCACACCAGAGUUUCUCUCCAAACUGGCCAAGGGAUUGUCUAAGGCCACCAUGAAGGAGCACCAUGUUGAGGGGAUUGCACAAGCCAUCUAUCUGAAUUACCUAUUUUUGGGCAAUGAGACUCUGGGCAUCAAGCACUUCAAGUACCUCAUCUCAUUGACACCUGGAGUUCAAUCUUCAACCAUCCUAAGCAAAGAACACUUCAUUUCAGCAAUGCAGAAUUUUCUCUCCCCUCGCUCUGACGAGCAGCUUCUUGAGCUGUACAUCAAGAUGUUUGCUGAAGGCAAGAAGGAGAUCAGUAGGUCUCAGCUGUCUUCAUUGCUGGUGACUACUUACUCAAUAGCCUUGCAUGGUCACCUCCUGGGUUCAAAGCAUUUGGAUGACGUCCUCAAGGCCAUUGUUGAGGGUGCUAUGCAUGGAAAAGAAGAAGUUAGUGUCUCCUAUAUACACUCUUGGUUCCUGAAGAACUGUUCACGCAUACUGCUGCCAAUUCACAACUAUGUAACUCACAAAGUCACAGUUGGCCAUACUGCAUUUGCCCCCAUCUUGCACCGAUCUGUCUCUGUGGAAGCUUAUGACCAACCCAUCGAAUUCAAAGAAAAGGAGUAUGGAGCAUAUCAUGCACUGCUAGAGGAAGACUGUACGAAGGAUGCAGAGCCACAUUCACCUACCACACCUAUGAUGAUUUGGAAUAGAAUAGACGGAAGUGAAAUUCUGAAUGCACCUGUUGUUUGGGCUGCUUCUACAGCUCUUCCUGCUUCCUACAUUAAAAGCAAAUGUAAUAACAAAGGAUUGCCUGGUGCACUCUGCUCAAAUGUCAUCCUUAAAGAUCCUCAUUCCUUCAUCAUGAGUCUGAUCUCAACUAUGAGCACACCAACGCAUUGGAGCCUUCUGUAUGACAGCUCUGCCCAUGGAAUGGGACUAAAUAGAUUCCAGUACCAUCUGUUCAAUUAUCGUGGACCGACUGUGGUGUUUCUACGGGGAGAGGGAAACCAUCUGUUCUGCCUGGCUGCAGAUGUUGAAUGGAGAGAUUCCAAUCUCUACUGGGGGAAUAAAGAUUGCAUUCUCAUCCAAAUCCUCCCGCAGUUCUAUGUAUUGGAAAGAGGAGAAAAGCUUUUUUACUACAAUGCCUCAGCCAGAGGGUAUCGCAUGGGCCUCCAAGUUGGUGCUGAUACCCGAAACCCAUCCUUGUCCAUCAAUCCGAACUUCACCAUGAUAAAUUUCAAGCAGAUUCCCCUUACAUUGCUUGAGAUUGUGGCUUAUGGGUGUGCAGAUGCUGAAACCAAAGAUGCACAAGUGAAACAGAAGAAAUGGGAAGUGCAACAGGCUGAAAAGAGUCGCAAUAUGAAGCUGAAAAUUGACUGGAAAGAGAAUCCUGACCGGUAUCUCCUGGAGCUGGCUGGGCGCCCCGUUUACAAUGAAUUUUAUGAGAAGACCUGAGCUAUGCCAGUGAUAUCCAUUGCCAAUUUAUGCAGUUAUGACUUGUGAUCCAGUACUCUUGUAUUUCACUGUUCUGAACAUAUUCAUAUAGGGCAACUUUUUGGUUUUGCUUGAAGCCCCUUCAGGUGCAUUUCCUGCUCAUUUGGCUGUUUACGACUGUUGAACUUCUUUUACCUUGAGCUUACUUGUGAAGAAUGUCCUGAGAUCAGAUCUCCUCAGUUGAGGAAUUUGCAUUAGGGUUGGGAAAUGUCUUUCAUGAGAACUGCAAUCAAAAAUCUUUUUUUAAAUGCCAUCUGUGGUUGUGCCUUGUAGUAGUGCAUUUGGAACAUGUUUUUCUCAUUGCAUUGUAGAUACUUCCACCUGCAAUAUAAAAUCAAAUCAGCAUGAGUUGCCUCGCAGUUGCCAUUGCCUGUAUGUAGACAAUUUGAAGUCUUCUAUUUUGUAAAUCCAGAGUAAUUUGGAACUUGUGUUGUGCAUGCAUGUCUCCACUACAUUUGCCUGAUUGAUCUGUGAUAUUGGCAUGCAAUUUCUUCCAUUUUUCCAUGCAGUGCAGACCUGCACAAAAGGCAAAAAGUUGUCCAUGGAGUUUCUUAAUGAUUUUGUGCAAUGCUGAUCAUGCUUGCAUGUUGUGAGGAAAUGCCAUUAACUUGAGGCCUCUUUUUAUUGGGAAUCGAUGGAGUGAGCUUUCUUCAUAUGGUGUUAUUGGAAAUGAUGGUAAUUGUGGCUGGUAUGCUCUCAUCUGUGUGAGUUUCGUCAGCAAGCAUCCCUUGUGCAUUGUUAAGUCGCUUCUGAUUUAAUCUACUCUGAAUCCAAGGAGCCAGAACAUCUGAGGAAAAUGAAUGGAAACCUUUGGAGCCUUACAUGAUUCCCCCAAGACAGGACCAGGAAAAAAUUGAUCCACGCAUGCCAAGACUAUUUGAAACAAAAGUGAGUUCUGUUUUUUGAGCUUGAUGCUAGUAAAGCAGUAAACCCUCCCCCCUGCCCUGCAUGUGUGCCUGUAUGAUCUAAGAUUAGAACUGAGUAAAUAAACUUAAUCCACCAAAUGUCACAUUUCUUAUGUGUCUCAUUGACGUGUUCCACUUAGAGGAAUUGUUCCAGGGUCUUCCAGAC